GAGUCGUGGGGAUGCAAGGCCCUAGUGUUGCAGCUCUGCAAGGGUCAGGGCGGGGUGUUCUGCGAGCUCCCUCGGGCGGGGGGAACGAUGUCUCUAUUUUCACUAACCUCGAGCUAAACGUUAUUUCGAAAAGGGGCCCCCGACACACAUGGAAAGAACCCCGAUCUGGCCCAACCCCAAUCCCGGCUGAGGAACAGGAGGCACGGGUGAAAAGACUCGGUCCCGGGCCGCGCUGCUACUGGGUAGCCGAGUCCGGGAAUCCGGGCCCUCGGUCCCUUUGCAGACAUCACCGCAGCCCGGAACACUCGGAGGCCCAGAGCGGCGACAAGCGCUCGGCCUCCCAGGGUCGGUGGCGGAAGGGAAGGCUCGGCGUCUGAAGCAGGCCAAGGAAGAGGCUCAGAUGGAGGUAGAACAGUACCGUAGGGAGCGAGAGCAGGAGUUCCAGAGCAAGCAGCAAGCGGCCAUGGGCUCCCAGGGGAACUUAUCAGCUGAGGUGGAACAGGCAACUCGGCGCCAGGUACAGGGCAUGCAGAGCUCUCAGCAGCGCAGCCGUGAGCGUGUCCUGGCUCAACUCCUUGGCAUGGUCUGUGACAUCAGACCCCAGAUUCAUCCCAACUACCGGAUUACUGCCUAGGGACUCUGUACCAGUCACCUCCCCCCUCCCCAGAACCUCACUCCUUGUCUUCCAGUCAUAUCCCUUUUCUUCCAUCAGUCCCCCAGAAAUUCAAGGAGUCACUCUGUAACUCUCCCAUAUAGAACCCUAAAUCUUUAGCUCUAUAAUUCCUGCCAGGACCUUUUAAGUUCCCUAAGAAUGAUGCCUCUUUGACAUAGAAUCUAAAUCUACCCCUGGUGACCUUAAAACCUUGACCUUGAUAGCUGGCCUCUAGAUAUUUUAAAAGCUGUGUGACCCUGGGCAAGUUACCUUAAUUUUUCCUAUGUAAAAUGGAGACAAAUGCACUGACUUAAAAAGUUCAGGUGAGGAUUAAAUGAGGUAACUUUUGUAAAGUGUUUUGCAAACCUUAGAGUAAUAAAGGCUAGCUAUAAUUGUUAUUAAUAAAAUCUCCCCCCAAUUGAUUUCAUUUAAGUAGUCCUAGUAAGUAGCCUUCUGACUCAAAUGACUAUCCUUCAAGUGUCUGGAUUUCCCUGCAUGUCAGUCCUGUGACCAGUGAUGACACCAGCUGACCUCCACCAUCCCAUUAAUCUUAUUAUGGCUCCAAGAAUUUCUUUUUCCUCCUACUCUUUCCUUCUUUGUCUCUACAUCAUCCCCUUUACUUCUCCAUUUUCUCUUCUCUUUCUCCUAUCCCUCAACAUUUCUUGGAGAGACCUGCCUGGCUCUCAGUAUUGCCUAUUUUAGCUAUAGAGAAACAUCCUGUAUUCUGUGUAAUGCUACUAUGGGAAUGUCCCCCAUCCUUUUCCAUUCUCCUCCCACACCUCAAUUUCCUAUUGUUCUAUUCUACUGUAAAAUGGAAGCAAUGCAAAUGUCAAUAAAAUAAGUUGUGAAAAAUU